ACAUAAUUUCUGUGGUCAGCUGGAAUUUAUAGUGCACCUUUUACAAUCGUCUUAUUUAAAUCGAAUAAAAUAUUUUGGAAUUGCUUCGUGAAUUAUGACUUUGAUCAACUUCUCAUACUAAGCCAAAGGACAACAUUCUUUUCUAAAUGAACCAUUUCAAGAAAGUUGAAGCUAGAGAUUUAUCAGUGAAUACAAUGAACAAAAUUAUAAGGAUCUUUUCAGUUAAGUCUUUUUGAAAAGAUAUACUUGGUUUUAAUAAAACCUUCAACAUUAUCAGAACGAGUUGCUCAUUGAAACAACACAAAAGUCAUGGCAUCAAUUUCUGUCAUCAGUCGAUUAGGAAUAAAAUUCCUUCAGCUCCCGCAACCAGGAUUUCUGAUACCAUGUCUAAACAAUGUCGUCGCUCAGCAGCAAGUUCGACACCGCCGUACCAAACAUUGGGAUCCAAAGUGGAAAAGAUUGCGUAAAGCUAAAUUUGUAAAAAUUGACAUUCCCAAUUUAAACGAACGAGCCGAAGAUCUUAGCCAGGAGCAGGUGAAAUCAAAAAUGAAGGAAAAAGGUUUACUUCCUCCACGACCAUGGUUGGAACGUCCGUUUUAUAUCAGUUGUACCGGUGGAAUUUUUGAGCCCUACGUUCCUCCGGAAGGCGAUGGUAAAAUGUCGGCCAUCUCAAAAGAAGGUGCUAAGCAAAAGUUCGAGCUGAUCGAAAAGAAAACUAAAUCAAUGAUGGCUAUUCGGAAGAUUCGAAACUAUGAUGAAGAUUUCGAAAGUCCAGAAUUUGCUUCAUUUGCGCAGGAUAUUUACAUCAAUGCCCACAGCACAUUGGCGGAAAAAAACAAAUACAAACUUCGCGAGAUGGUCACGGAGCGGGCUUAUCCUGAGCUAAUGCAUAACAUAGCCGAUAAAACUAUCCACUGGUCAUUUUUGAAGUCCUUGGAACCACCUCGAGUGGUUCAUGCUCGCGUUACUGAUGUGAUUACCAAAGAAAACCUUUUCGCCCAGGUAACCGUGCGGUUUCAUACACAGCAGAAGCUAGCUAUUUACGAUCGCUUCGGCAGAUUGAUGCACGGGAGCGAAACCAUUGCCAAGGAUUGUUUGGAAUAUGUUGUGUUUGAAAAGCAUUUGUCCAACGAGUACGGUGUUUGGCGCUUGCACGAGAAAAUAAUCCCCGAUUGGAUGCCUCCAAAGUCUCCGGCCUUUACCACGUACAGAAUGGAUGAUGAACCUCCAGCAAAAAAACCGGAAGAUAGCAAAGAUAUAGCAACUACUGACGCAUCGGAAGGUGAUAAGGUUGCUACGGUUACUGCUUGAAUAUUAACGUAAAAUGUUCAAAACUCGAUAGCUGCAAUUAAAUAACAAGUAAAUCGGAAGCUAUGUUUUCACAGGUA